GCGACAGCGGCGGCUGCUCCGGGAUCCUCUCUUUCCUAUUCUCCCUCGAUUUCCGGAAUUGAGAGAGAGAAAAGAGGAGGAGGAGGAGGAGGAGGAGGAGAGGGGCUGAACGCAGAGAGAUAGAGAGAGAGAGAGAGAGGAAGAAAAAAAACCACGAGGAAAUGAUAUCAAAACGAGAGAAAUAGGAUUUCAAGCAGGAGUGGAUUCUUUGGGUUUUUUUUUUCUCACACGCCGUGGUCUCUAUUUCGGAAUACUGUGGCGGGAUUGAGCGAGUAAUUCGGGAUUUUCCAGGUUUUCUUCAUCUAUAGAACCCUAAGAGGAUAUUGUGGGAUUGGAAUUUCCGCAACUCCCUGGUUUUCUGACACUGACCUACAUCCUCAUUCUUUGAUGUGGAGGGGGGGGGGCGUGUGUGUGCGCCCGUGGAGGGGAGUAGGAUACGUUUGAGCACGCGUGCACACAUACACAAACCCACACACACACACACACACACACACACACACACACACACAAAUCCCCCUGCUGGCCCCACACGAGGAGGAACACCUGGGGCGAGAUCUGUGCCAGACACACACACACUAACAAACAAACACACACCUGGAUAACAUGUGGAGCUGAUUUGAACUAUACAAUCACACAGACGGAAAAGGUCUGUGGAUAGCCAGGCGUUCUACCAUGCCUGUCCCCCCACCCCUCAACCCCCGCAGACAAAACCACCCACCCCAAACACACCUCCACCCCGAUCAAAGGGCAGAACAAUCUCCCAUCUCCUCCCUCUUCCCUCCAUCCACCUUCUGUCUUCCUCUUCUCCCCUCUCUCCACAUCUCCUCUUCGCCCUCCCCCUCAUCCACCCAUCUCGUACACUGCGCCUGCCCUGGGACAACAAAAAGGACGCUUCCCGAUUCAGUCCCCUUCCCGGCGUUUCACUGGCUGACUCUGGUCACAUGCUGCCUGCUGCCUUCUCUGAUUGGAGCAGGGGAGACGUGGGGCGUGGUCUCCGCCUGUCCCUUCCACUGUGUCUGCCGAAACCUUUCCGAGUCACUCAGCACGCUCUGCGCCGACAAGGGCCUCCUGUUCGUGCCCCCGCACGUCGACCGACGCACCGUCGAGCUGCGACUGGCCGACAACUUCAUUACAGAAGUGGGAGGCAGCGACUUCGUCAACAUGACCGGCCUGGUGGAUCUGACCCUGUCGCGGAACACGAUCCACCUGAUUCGACCGAUGGCCUUCGCUGAUCUGGAGAGCUUGCGUUCUCUGCAUCUGGAUGGUAAUCGCUUGACGACACUGGGACCCCGAGACCUCGCGGGAUUGGUCAAUCUCCAACAUCUGAUCGUCAACAACAAUCAGUUGGUCAAAGUCUCCGCCCAGGCCUUUGACGACUUCCUGGUAACACUGGAGGACCUGGACAUGUCCUACAACAACCUAAGAAGAGUACCAUGGGAGUCCAUUCAGAACAUGGCCAGUCUCCACACUCUGAAUCUGGACCAUAACCUGAUAGACCACAUAGCAGAGGGGGUCUUUGGGGAGCUAUAUAAGCUCGCCAGGCUGGAUAUGACCUCCAACAGGCUACGAACUUUGCCCCCUGAUCCUCUCUUCGCUAGGUCCCAGACUGGUGCAAUAAGCCCCACCCCCUACAAUGCUGUCAUAAGCCUAAAUUUUGGCGGCAACCCACUGCACUGCAACUGUGAGUUACUAUGGUUACGACGGCUAAUCCGUGGAGACGACAUGGAGACCUGUGCCACGCCUGCUCACCUGGCUGGGAGGUAUUUCUGGUCUAUCCCUGAGGAGGAGUUCACAUGUGAACCACCUCUCAUCACCCGACACACCCACAAGCUGUGGGUCCUGGAGGGCCAGCGGGCCACGCUGAAAUGCCGUGCCAUCGGCGACCCUGAGCCGGUAGUCCACUGGGUUUCCCCCGACGACCGCAUCGUCGCAAACUCGUCCAGGACGAGCUCCUUCAGCAAUGGGACCUUGGAUAUCUUAGUGACCGUUGCCCGGGAUGAUGGGGCAUACACAUGCAUCGCGAUAAACGCGGCAGGUGAAGCAACAGCCACUGUGGACCUGAAAAUAAUCCCACUGCCUCACCGGGGUGGAGGAGGUGGAAACACAGGGAGUAAUGGUGGGAAUACCAAGAACAAUGGGAAUGCGACCAGCGGGAUUUUAUGGACCGAUCCAGGCUCCUCGGAUAUCAGCACAGGGAAGAACGGAGGAAUUAAUAAUGGGGGAGCACGCGGAGGAGAGGCAGAGGAUGGCAGGAGAAGUGGAGGGGAGGACGAUGAGGAGGAUGGCAGCAGGGUUCCAGAGGGAGAGAAGGCCGAUGGAGGGAGUGUGGAAGAGAAUGAAGGUGACGAGGAGGAGGAAGGGCGGAUGGUGGGAGUACAGGGGAUUACGUCGACCUCGGCUCAGGUCCGAUGGGAUUUAGGGCGUUUGUCUGGGGCUUACCUUGUCUGGAUGUAUCAGAUACAGUACAACUGCACCGCCGAUGAGACCCUCAUCUACAGAAUCCUGCCCUCCACCACUGACCGCUUCCUGCUGAAAAACCUGGUGUCGGGGGUGGACUACAACCUGUGUGUGCUGGCCAUUUUCGACGACACGAUCACAUCGCUCGCGGCGACCAAAGUCCUGGGCUGCACGACCUUUGCCACCAAGGACGUUUACCCGGCAUGCCGCUCCCUCCAGGCCCACUUCCUGGGCGGAACCCUCACCAUACUAGUUGGAGGUGUUGUCGUGGUCACGCUGCUCGUGUUCACGGUGGCGCUCAUGGUGCGCCACCGUGUCUGUAACCAUGGAGAUCAUCUGAUAUGUCAUGACAGCACCAGUGAGGCAGGAGGAGGGGUUUGCUGCCAGGGCGGCGGCGUAGGAGGCGGGGACAAAGGGGGGAACAGCAGUGGGAUCUACCAAUCAAAUGGCUCUGGGGACAUGAUGAUGGUGGUCCUCCCCAACGGCCUGCCGUCCAAGAGGGGAGGAGAGAAGGACAAGGAGAAGGAGAAGGAAGCGGCGGAGUGUGCUUCCCCUCUGCCUCCGAAACUCCCUCCAAAGCCCAGGCCCAAGCCUAAAGUCAACCUGGAGCAGUUUCUUUCAGCUGGCGGCGUGGUUUCCACCACGACGGGGGUCGGCGGGGAGAUGGCUUUGGUGGUGAGACAGAGAAAAGCAGACAAGGUGCCACCAUACACCCCAGAAACUGACAGAACACCCCUCUACUACUCCCCGUCCCCUCCUUCCACCCUCCCCCGCCAAUCACGCUCCAGGGAACGUCCCAAGCCCCGUCUGGAGCGAGAACUGACCACGCGUGCCAGCUUCUCCCUGGCGGCGCCCCUGAGAGACUCCGAGCUCUUGGAUUGGAGAAUCACUCCGCGGGGCAGGGACAAAUGGAACUCCUCGCAGGCCUAUCAGAGCCCCGUCUCCCCUCUGACGUCCGCGACGAUGAGGAUUAGCAAGCGGCGGCACUCGCUCGACAUGGGCUCCUCUGUGGCGUUGGCGACGGACGCCGCGGCGACCGUCGCGAAGCGCUACGGCGCCGUCAGCUACGCCAAGCGGCUGAGCGUCAUCUGGACGAGGCGGAGCCAGUCGCUACACGGGAUGCUGGUGCAGUGCGCCUCGACGGCGAGCACGGCGUCCUCGACCACCAGCGACGAGGGCGGGAGCAGCGGGGAGUUCGGGGGGCACUGCGAGUUCCAGCGGGGAUACAUUCACGCUUACAACACCACCAACUCCAACUCUAACACUGGGAUCACUGUCGGGAAAGGGAACAGCGGAAAAGACCGGGGGCGGGAGAAAGGGAAGGAAGGCAGGAGCACCGAAGAGCUGGAGGAAAGCGUUGUGUAGUGUGCGAGGAACUGGAUUGAAAAAUAGGUGAGAAAGACAGAAAAAAAGCCAAAAAAAGGAUUUAGGGUUCUCUGAAAGGACAGUUUGAAUAGGAUCUUGAUUCGAGAAGGGCGACGAGGUUGGGUCAAGAGGAGAAAUUGAGGGAGAGAUGAAGCGAUUGGGACGAGGGAGGCAAGGUUGCGAGUUCAGAGCGAGAGGGAAGAGCAAAAUUGACUGGAGUCUCGGUUGCGCGGCUCCUUGAUUUGCCCUGGGAGAAGGCGAGAAAAGUAGAGAGGAGAGGAGAAAGUGUGCCUGCGAGGGAGGUGAAGAGUUUUAAGGGGCUCUUUAUAGUUGACCUGAAAUCAGUUAAAAAAAGAAGAGAGAGAUGAGACAGGGAAAAAAAAGGAAGGACGGGGCAGCUUUAAAAUGUUCCUUAAAUACUCAGAAGGCUGGGCUCAUGCCACGGCACACUAAAAACCGGGACUGCAGUUGCUGAAAGGGACAGAGAGAAGCAGCUAGAUUAAAAGACGAGAGAAAGUAAAAACACCACGACGCGACGAUGUGAGAAGGGAAAGCGAGAACCAUCGAGAAAAAGGUGAGGCUUGUGAAGAAAAGACAGCACGAGCGAUGCAGUAUAUAUACACAGAGAGAGAGAGAGAACAGAAAAGACGUAAUCAAAGAGAGGACAACAUCAAUAGCGCGAUAGAACAAAGCAAAGGUUAGACAGCAGACAGUGUGUGUGUGUGAGCUCAGCGUGGAUCUCAGUAAAGCCCAUACACUAAUAGAACCAGACUCACACUAACACUCCUCAACUCUCCAGAGCCCCCGGCCCCCAAAACAACGCAACGGGUUUACGCCGGAUCAAAACACACACCCCCACCAAUAAUACUGGUAAAAGCCUCUUUGCUGACAAAUGCAGCCACAAUAAAGAAAAGAUCUGUGCAAGAGAUUCCUGUUUUGUUUGGGUUGGGUUUUAGUUUUUUUAGUUUUUUUUUUUUUUUGGCGGUCAUUUUGAAACUCUUCUCCCCAAGCACAAUGAAUGUGACUUUUAUGUGUCCUCUGUGGCCGAACAACGAUUUUGGCAUCGGCUCGCCAUGCCUGCGGAUUAUGAGGACAUAAAUACAGAGUCGAGCGUACCGGACACGAUCAAUCGAUACAGAGCGGGAAGAACGACUGGAGCACAGACAUUAUUAAGAGAAAGACAGAUUGGGAUUACAAUGGAGUCGAUGCGGAUUACAAAAUGGAUGAGACCGCGGUGUGCGAUGGAAAGCGCGCGCGUUUGUGAGGCCGGAUCAUAUUGGACAUCAGAUGGUAAUGGACCAAACAAUUGAAUAAUGCUAAUGGAUGCAUAAAUGUGCAUGCAUUGAUGGAUUACAGGGACAAGAUGUGCACAGGAGUGCGUGCGAGUACGUGAAUGUAUGUGUGAGGCACUCCAAUCAACUAGACCUCACGAGUAGUAAAAAAAAAAAAAAAGUGUAUUGUUUUCUGUCCAUGCUGCAAAAGAGAGAGAAAAUAACCACCAUCUUCAAAUCCUGACCACUGUCUGAUCACUAGAUGUCUCCGAUAACGGUGUGAGGUUCAAUUCACGUGAGGUUACAUUCAAAUCUGACUAUUUCAGUGAAACCAGAGCAAAGUCACCACUUCCAGCAAACGCAGCUUGGUCAGAAAGCAGCCACCGUUGUGGGAGUGAAAGGCUGAAUCGAUCUUCAAAUUCAUUUUUUUUGGUGACAUCACAGACUCCAUUGUGCCACGUGAAUACACUUUUCAUCAAAUCGGGAAAUGUUUUCAGAAGGGGAGCCGUUAAAAAAAAAAAAAAA